AUGGCCGGUCCCCUUCUCUCCACCCUGCUGAUCCUGCUGCUGUCCUUCGCCUUGGGAUCUGCUAGACAAGGAGGGCAGGAUAACGAGGAUCGAAUUAUUAAUGGAGUUCCAUGUCCAAGUGACUCCCAUCCCUGGCAGGUGGCCCUGCUCAAAGGCAAUCAGCUCCACUGCGGAGGCGUGCUGCUCAACAAGCAGUGGGUGCUCACGGCCGCCCACUGCCAGAUGAGUGACUACAAUGUGCACAUGGGUAGUAAUCGUCUGGACAGCAGGAGAGCCCAGAGGAUCAAGGCCACAGAGUCCUUUGUCCACCCCGGCUACUCCACACAGACCCACGUCAACGACAUCAUGCUUGUGAAGCUAAGCCGCACAGCCAGGUUGUCCUCCACUGUGAAUAGAAUCAACCUGCCCUCCCGCUGUGAUGCGCCGGGGACCACGUGCACCGUUUCUGGCUGGGGCACCACCACCAGCCCUGAUGUGACCUUUCCAUCGGAGCUCAUGUGUACGAAUGUCAAGCUCAUUUCCUCCCAGGACUGCAAGGAGGUUUACAAGGACCUGCUGGGAAAAUCCAUGCUAUGCGCUGGCAUCCCCAACUCGAAGUCCAACGCCUGCAAUGGUGACUCAGGGGGACCGCUGGUGUGCAGAGGCACGCUGCAAGGCCUGGUGUCCUGGGGAACUUUCCCUUGUGGCCAACCCAACGACCCAGGAGUGUAUACCCAAGUCUGCAAGUUCGUCGGUUGGAUAAAGGAGACCAUGAAAAACAACAGCUAA